UUCUCCUUGUCAUAACAAUCUUGCCAACCUAAUUCCCCUAUUAAAUUCCCACUAACUAAAUGCAUAGACUUGAUUUUAUACCCCAACAACAUCAAAGUGGUCUCCUAUCCCAAUUACAAUAUUUUAACCUAAAAGAUAAAUCAUUAUCAAAUAAUUUCUUUUCUUAUAAAUAAUUAAUAAUUGUUAUCUUUAUCUAGCUAGAAAUGCCACUUCCAGGGUAAAGUUCAUGUCUUUUGCAUCAUAACAAGAACCACCAUCUUCUAGCUUGUACUUCCUUUAGAACAAAACAAGAAAAAUAAGCUAAGAAGCCCAUAAAUGGAGUUUUCCUUACCAUCUAAGAAACUUAUUGUUCUUAUUUUCCUCAUUGUGUGGGGUUCACUUAUAUCGACUUCUAUGGCAGGUCGUCAUUCCAAGUUCACUAAAAGCUUAGAUAAGGAGAAUUUUGUUGAAGCUUAUGAGGAAUCAAACUUUAAAAGAGACGUAAAGGAAGAGAUGAUAAUUCAUGAGAGGAUGUUAAGAAGGGUGAACACUAAUGACUAUGGAAGAUAUGAUCAAUCCCCAUCUCUUCCAAGGCCACGCCACAAACUCAUUCCCAAUUAGUUUAAUAUAUGUGUUUGGCUUUGCAUGAGGUUUUGCUUUACUAAAAUAAAUAAAUUUACAUAUAUAUUAUAUAUAUAACUAGCUAGCUAGCUAGGGUAUUAUAUUAAGUUUAAAUAUAUACUUAUUUGUCUUUUUAGUGUUUUUUUAACUAAAAAAAUUUUUAUAUAAAAUGAUCAAAGAGUAAAAUUAAAAGGACAGAGUAGUAUAUUUGUAUUUAUUGUAUGUGUAUGUAUACAACACUAUGUGCUUGAUGUUUGUCUUUUAAUAUAUGCUAUA